AUGUCUGGUCGCGGCAAGGGCGGGAAAGGCCUGGGCAAAGGCGGCGCCAAGCGCCACCGCAAGGUCCUGCGCGACAACAUCCAGGGCAUCACCAAGCCCGCCAUCCGCCGCCUGGCCCGGCGCGGGGGAGUCAAGCGCAUCUCCGGCCUCAUCUACGAGGAGACCCGCGGGGUGCUGAAGGUGUUCCUGGAGAACGUGAUCCGCGACGCGGUCACCUACACGGAGCACGCCAAGCGCAAGACCGUCACCGCCAUGGACGUGGUCUACGCGCUCAAGCGCCAGGGCCGCACUCUCUAUGGCUUCGGCGGCUGGGAAAGACCACCAGAGAGGCCCAGACUUUUAUUUUUAAUCUGUACAAUCAUUAAUGAUUUUAGUGAGUUAGUAUUCCUGGUUUGUUUGUUUGUUUGUUUUUGCUGA